AUGUCCAACACGGAUGCCCCGCCUUUGCAGCCCCAACAGCUUCAACAGAGCGAGGGACAGCCAAAGUGGUACCGAGUUCUCCAGCCGCAAAUGGACACUGCAGCCCAUGAUCCUCUCGAUCCAGCCAAGCGCUACCACGAAGGUGUCUUUGUCGAAGCAAACCCAGAAAAAUUAAGAGGGACUCUAUUCCAUGUCACGGGCGACAUUAUCGGAGCGCAUGGCAUGAGGUACGAGGAGAGAAUCAACUAUUGCCCCGCGGAUUCGAUACAUUUGCAUGUCAACCCGCAGAUCGGGUGGGUUCUCUCCGCUGAUUUCCAUUCGGGGAAAAUCAGCACCAUCCUGCGAUCCUUGCCGACUCCCCCCAAACAACAGGGGAUCAACUUUUGGGAAGUAGAUCCGGUUACGAAAAGGCAUGAGAUCAUUUGGACAAAGGAGAAUGGAGAUCCCUAUGGGCCUGAUGAGCAACAGCGGCCGGUGUUCAAGUGUAAUGAAUGGACGAAUCUGUACGCAGUUCCGGCGUUGCGUGAUGCAGGGGUUUUGCACGACUUGGCUUGA